GUGGUUAACGCGGCUGAAUGUUAUUAUCAAAAGAAAUUUCGCAAAGUAGGUAUUUGCAAACUUUAUCAGUCUGUAGCCUUGUCUCUUCUGACUUAAAAAGAAUGCAAGAAGGUUUUGUUGAAAUAAAUUCCGUACCAACACACAUUUUCACCUAUGGACAAUGGAUUCAAGAUGAGUUUAAGAAAAAGGAACUUGUAUUAAUAAUCACUGGUAAUCCAGGGCUUCCAGGAUUUUAUACAACUUUCGCUUCCACAAUCUUCAAUGAGUUGAAAGAGGAAAUCCCAGUUUGGGUGAUUGGACAGGCAGGUCAUGACGAGCCGAAAAAAGAGCUGAACAUGAUAACACCACCAUUAAAAGGGAAUGAAGAUAUUUAUAAUCUGAAAGGUCAACUGGAUCACAAAAAAGAAUUCAUAAAUCGUUUUAUUCCAAAAGAUGUGAAAAUUUAUAUGAUUGGACAUUCAAUUGGUUCGAAGAUGUCACUCGAUCUUCUCAAAAUACCAGAAUUUAGUAAUCAAAUCCAGAGUGCAUACUUAAUGUUUCCUACCAUUGAAAGAAUGGCUGAAAGUACUAAAGGACGAUUAGUUCCUACUUACGACAGAUUCUUCUUUUUAUUUCGCAUUUUCUAUAAUUUCAUAGCUUGGCUACCGAAAAGUUGGAAACUUUACCUCGUAAGGCGUUAUUGUGAGAGAGAAAAGUUGCCUCUUGAAUUCCAUGAGCCAAGUUUGGAAUAUACAAAUCCUCCAGUGAUCGAUAAAAUUUGGUUUCUAGCAUUGGAUGAAAUGGAUAAAGUUCGUGAACUCGAUGAAAAGCUUUUAAAAGAGAAUGUGAAUCGAGUGAAACUUUAUUACGCAGUUGUUGAUGAUUGGGUACCUUUAGAUGCUUACGAUAGCCUUAAAACAAAAAUCCCCAACAUUGAUGCUCAAGUCUGUACUGAAGGAUAUGAACACGCAUUUGUCCUGAACAACGGCGUGGAAGUAGGAAAAAUCGUCUCAGGUUGGCUUAAUAUAAAAAGACAAGAAACACAAUAAAAAUUGACAAACAAA